AUGGCGCAGCCUUACAAAAAGCCUCAGAGAUAUGUUCCUGGUCCCAACGACCCACUUCUACCCCCUCAACUUUCGGAAUUCCAGAACAAAACCACAGAUGAAGUGCUGGAAGAAUUGAAUAGAAUGCCAUUCUUUAUGACCAAACUAGAUGAUACAGACGGUGAUGGUGGUGAAAAUCAAGAGCUUGAGGCUUUAAAAGCAUUGGCCUAUGAGGGUGAGCCGCACGAGAUUGCUGGAAAUUUCAAGAAUCAGGGAAAUGAUCUGUACAAGGCUAAGCGGUUUAAAGAUGCUCGUGAAUUGUAUAACAAGGGAAUUGAGAUCAAAUGCGAUGAUACCAGCAUAAAUGAAUCAUUGUACGCAAAUCGUGCUGCAUGCGAAUUGGAGAUCAAAAAUUAUAGAAGAUGUUUGAAUGACUGUAAAACUGCAUUGCAAUACAAUCCAAAAAAUUUAAAAUGCUAUUAUCGUAUGGGCAAAGCCUUUUUAGCCCUUGAGUUACUGGAAGAAGCACAAAAAUCUGUCGAAUUUGGACUACAAGUCGAUUCGAGUAACAAGCCUCUGCAAAGUUUGCUUGAUAUCGUUUUAAAGAAACAAGAGGCAAAGAAAGAGCAAAAUUCUAAGAAAGAACAGGAAAAACAGAUCCGUGAAGGUAUGCAAAUAAUUUUAGAGAAUGCAAUGAAAUUGAGGAAAAUUAUAAACGUGAAAAGCAAUGAAUCUCCCGAGAUUGUACGAGAUGCCAAAGUGUCGUUGGAAGACCCGGUCGAUUGCGAGUCGCAGUUGAUUUUCCCCGCACUGGUACUAUACCCUACGACUGAUGAGUUCGAUUUCGUGGCACAGGUGAGUGAAUUGACGACUGUACACGAACUUGUGUCACUUAUCAUGGAAAGGCCAGAAGAGUGGUUCCAACGGCCCGGUCAUGAGAAUUUCUCUGCCAAAUCGCUUGUCGCCUACAUGGAGACUGAAGCUGGUGGAUUGGUCAAAGUUGGCAAAAAAAUGGUUUUGCAUGAUAUCUUAAAGAUGGAAAAACCUAGGAUCCCAAUAUUCGAUGGUGCUUUAAAAGUUUACCUUGUACCUAAAGCAGAGAGUGAAGGAUGGCUGAGUAAAUGGGACAGGUCCAAGGCAAUGGAGAGGAGAUCUUUUGUUUAA